CUGGUGUGCUGAGAUAGUGACUCACAUGACCCUCUGAGACAAAAUGCUCACACACACACUGCAAGGCUACCAGUUUGAUUUACCAUAGGCCAAGCUUCCUCAGCUUCCUGAUGAUCAGUCCUGAGUUUGCAAGACUGGGGAAAACAGCCAGUGCUGCGUGCAGAAGGACUUCAAUCAGAUCUCUCCUUUUCACAAACGUGUCAGGUAACCUAGUUGCUCUAGUGAGAGGUGAGUCACUGUGCAACUGGUUCAGCAAUUCAGUAGGAAACACAAAUGAAUCAAUCGCUAACGAUUUCUGUGAAUGUGAGUAUUUUCGAUGGCGGAGCAAAAACAAAGCAUCUAAUAUUGUGUCUGAAGUUACCCAAUUAAGUUGUUUAAAAGCUACUCAGGCAUCUUAAUUAAGACGUCACUGAACUGAUGUAUAAAGAGAAAUGACCUGAGCCUCUUAGAAAUGACCUGAGCCUUUUCUUUUGUUUUUUGAGUUGAUUCGUGAACUAUAUUUAAAUCUAGGGGGUUUAUGCAAUUUUGGACACAUAGUAGAGUACAUAAAAUAUUUUAUAUAUUUAAAAAAAAAAUAAAUGCAUCUAUCUGUCUGUCUUUCUCCCCUGUAAUAUAAUUUUAGCUUCUUCUAUUCUGGUACCGGAAUCGCAACAUCUUGUGUUUACGUAAAAGACGGGAAUAGUUUUAAAGCUCUUGUAGUCUUUGCCCUGUGCGCGCGCAUAGUGCGCAGUCGUGCCAGGGUCACUCGAGCAAUGCUUUAACACCUUGUCUCUGUUAAGUUAACCGAGGAUUUCAGCGGAAGCACGCAGACUUGAUAAAUGAACUGGGAGUGGAGUGACAUUUAUUCCCAUCCGUUAUGGAUGGUUUCAACGGCGAUCCUGGCAUUGGUUGUGCGCGCGCAACGGAAAGCAGCGUGGAACCCUCGCGCCUGUCCCGUGAAGUUACACGGAAAAACCGCGAUCGUCACUGGAGCUAACACGGGUAUUGGGAAGUUCAUUGCCCUGGACUUUGCUCGUCGUGGGGCGCGAGUGAUCCUGGCAUGCCGGAACGAGGAUCGCGGGACCGCAGCGCUGAGAGAAAUCAGAGAAAGCACUGGGAACCAGAACGUGCACCUGCGUCUGCUCGACACCUCGUUGCUCGACUCCGUCCGGGAGUUUGCAGCGCGCAUUUUGGAGGAAGAGAAGGAAUUGCAUAUCCUGGUCAAUAACGCAGGGGCCUCAGGCCUGCCCAGUAAGAUCACAGCGGAUGGGUUGGAAAUCACUUUUGCAACUAAUCACGUUGGCCCAUUUCUGCUCACCAGUUUGCUUUUAGACCUUUUGAAGAAAUCGGCUCCAGCUCGCAUCGUAAAUGUUUCGUCCGUGAAUCACUGGAAGGGGGAGGUCAACUUUGAACAUUUCCGCGGUGGCAAUCUAAAUCACGUGAUGGAUGCUACUUAUAACCACACCAAGCUGCACAACGUUAUCUGGACAAACGAGUUGGCACGCAGGCUUCAGGGCACAGGCGUGACGGCAAACUCUCUGCAUCCAGGUGUAGUUAUGACCGACGUAAUGAGAAACUACAACUUCAUUAUCCGAUUCCUCUUCAACUUGGUCGGCUUUUUCUUCUUCAAAACUGCUGAAGAAGGUUCUUUCGGUCCACUAUACUGUGCGGUGUCCGAGGAAGCAGAGGGAAUAAGUGGAAAAUACUUUGACAGUGACUGUUCUCUGGUCUUACCGGCACCUCCCGCUAGAGAUGCUGCCCUUGGAGUGAAGGAAUAUGACUUUUGUGAGAGACUGACCGCGAAACUUUAAAGAGAAAUCUAGCAUGAUUUACUCGCCUUCAUCCAAACCUAGUCUUUUGAAGCUUUACGUGAGAAACCAACUAAAAUGUAACUUUUGUAACUUUUACUAAUUGUUCCAUAACCUCACUCACACUCAGACCGUGCUGUUACUAAUUGUUGUAAUGUUAAUCUUUUUUUAUAGAGCCUUUUUUAUAAACCUCUUUGAAUGAAGAAUACUCAUUCUAUCAUUACCGCUUUUACAAGAAGCUGUUCUUUCAGUUGCGAUACUUUUGAUGUUACCUUCUGCGACGUGGUAGUUAAUUCCACAAAAAAAAACGUAUGAAUUCCUGCUUUUACACUGUAGACACAUCUAAAGCUUUUAACAGAUGUUCUGUGUUUGCUACAAAGAGUUUUGCAAUAAAAUAUGGCUAAAGCUGCCAUAAUUUAAAAA